AUGGACCAGAGCUUGUCUUCGCAGCAGAAUAGUAGCUUCGCCACUGUUCCAUCUAAUUUUAACGCCCAACCGGAGCCAGAUUACGAUGCAAAGGACGUGUUUCUCUCGCAGCGCGCAUUUUUCUGGAUUGGCGGAUUUCGAGAACUAGUUGGUAUGCUGCUGAAGGGUGUGCGUGUUGAGAUCAUUGAUUACAAGUCGAACGCGGAUGCUGUUUGGAACCGUAUUAGCAGUGGAGAUAUCACCCGUGUGUCGGUUGUGCCCGGCCUCUUCAGUAAUAUGGUAAAGGUUUGGGAAGAGAAGAUAGCCGUGUUGCCUGACCAUGAGAGGAAGCCGUAUGCAGACGCGGCUCGUAGGCUGCGCGGGGUGAAGUGUACGGGUGGGCUGGUUCCGAGCUCUAUUAAGAGAUUUUGGAAGAAUCUACUUCCAGAUGUGAAGAUUGAGGUCGAAUAUGGGGCAAGCGAGUUUGGUAUGGCUGCAUUCAGUUGUUGUAUUGAUGGGGAAGAUACCAUCAAGUCGCAUUAUCUUGGAAGACCGCUUCCAGGGGUCGAAUUCAAGUUGGGAGAUGAUCAAUCUGACAGAGGCGAACUGCUUCUCAAGACCCCUACUCAAUUUGCCAUGUAUCUGGAUAGCCCAGAGGCGACCGAAACUAAGAAUGACGAUACCGGAUUUUUUCGAACGGGGGACCUUGCCAGACGGACAGCAGAUGGCCGUAUUGUCAUUGAGGGACGAGUAAAGCCAGACUUCAUCCGCUACCGUGGACUAAGGGUCCCUAUCCUUGAGGUGGAAGAAAGCCUUCUAGCCCUCCCAUGUAUCUCCGAAGCCUAUGUGGUCCCUAUUCUGGACGUUUUUGCUGGAGGAUCGCGAGUGGCUGUAGUCGUUCGUCUCCGCAAUAACACGGCUUCAUCGAGUUUCUCGCUACACACAUUGAGAGCAGAGCUUUCGUCGUCUUUGUCUGAAUUCAAACUUCCAACUCUUCUCCGGAUUUUGACUGAUGGUGAAGACAUUCCCAGAUCGCAAGCCGGAAAACCGGCGCCGAGGGAGAUCGCCACUACAUUCUUCUCGCAGCCAGUUGAGGGCUCACUAAAGGGACUCCCUGAUGAGGUUCAGAUUUGCAGCGCGGCUGCUGGGGAUGGUCCAGUGGCUUGGGGAUGGGGGGCAAUGCGAUGCUGA